CAUCACAAUUCGCAUCCUAGUCUACCGAUCGUCCACGAUGGAAAACCCUUCCUGGGUAAAUCAACCUAUUGACUUUCUUCUCUAAAUCUCGAUGUUGAGACGAAUCGAAGAAAAUGGUCUUUUGCGCUCGAUAGUGGACCCUUUACGUGAAACCGUGGACUGACUUCAUUAUGAAUUUCGGCUUCGCCUCGCAAUAAAUGCAGCGCCUGGCCAUCCCCUGUUCACUACAUGCAUAGGUUAUUACCAGGUCGACUUGUUGCUCUCUCAUUCAGGAACAAUCGCAUCGUUUACUGUAGCCUUCGAGCUUCGACCUUGAGGUGGACACUCCGCGAUACCGUGUCGGCAACUCGAUUGCGACAAUAUCCGCUUCGGCGCUGUAUCAACGGCCAGACACAUCAAUACAAGACAAAGUCGAGGCGCAACAGCUUGGGCGUGGACUUGAGCUCAAACAGAGACUCAGAGCCAAACAACAUGGCAUUGACACGAUCUACAGACCCUUUGGUCUGGAUAGACUGCGAGAUGACAGGCCUCAACCCCCAAACCGACACAAUCAUGAGCAUAUCCGCCAUCAUAACAACAUCCGACCUCACCCCCCUCGACAACUCCGGCUUCGACGCCGUCAUCCAACACACACAGACCCAACUCUCAGCCAUGUCAGAAUGGUGCGUCCGCACACACGGCAACUCCGGCCUAACGCAAGCCUGCCUCGAAUCCAGCACCACCCCGGACACCGCAGCACGAGCCCUCCUAACAUACAUACAGCGAUAUAUCCCCGAACCGCGUCUUGCCCUAUUAGCAGGAAACAGCAUUCACGCCGACAAAUCGUUCCUGAUGGUCCCGCCCUGGAACGCCAUCCUCGAGCAUUUACAUUACCGGCUAUUCGACGUCAGUGCGACCAAGGAAAUGAUCCGCCGGUGGGCACCGUCCGAAGUGUUGGAUGCCGCGCCACAGAAGGCCAACAAGCACACGGCUCGAGAGGAUAUUUUGGAAAGUCUAGAGGAAGCGCGGUACUACAUGCGCUUGAUCCAGGGGAUGUCGCCGUCGUCUGCGUCUGCGUCUUCAUCAGCACCUGGUUCUGGCACACGUCUGAACACCAUGGGAACGGGAAUGGGAACCCUCCCAGCACCAGUACCCGUAUCCAAUUCGACAUUGGGCUUGAAACAAGCACAGGAAGAGUCUCAUACCCGCAGAAACUACGGGACCCGAGAGGGCGACGUCGGCCAACUAGACGAGGGCUUCAGGACAGAUGUGCCAUGAUGAAUCGAAGCUGCCAAGUCUCUCACCAAUACUUGCUAUCCAGGCCCUGAAUGAACGCAACACAGGCGAUGACAGAAACUGAAGCCCGAAGAGUAUGGGCUGGAAGAAUGAGUCUACGACGAUGUCCACGAUGUCCGAGAAACGCCACGAUGAUCGUUCCAAGACGGAGGCUUCGGUCCAGGGGCAACCGAAAUAUGGUCUCCUUGGAGGAGGCAAGGACUAAGAGAAAGAAAUAGCUUAUGCUUACUCGAAAAUAACGAGGAGCACGCAGGGCCGAGCACGAUAGACGACCCGGGCAUCAAGCAUCAGCACCGUAGCUGAAGAAGGGCGGUGCACGUGCAAGUCAAAGCCCCUUGCAAAGGCCAUUCACUCUUCUGGGGUCACUAAAGAGCGUAAACCGGGGAAUGAGGUGUAAUGAGGCCGACUUUGGUAAACGAGCUUACCG